UAGGGUGCAUCGCAGCUCCUAAACAGCACCCCCGCCCAGCGAAUGGACACCCGGGACUCAGACUCAGAGAUAAAGAAAGUCGGAGAGAGAGAGAGAGAGAGAGAGGGGCUCGUGAUUCGCGUCUCUCGGAUGUGCCGCUGUUGAGUCCUCGCCGGGAAUCUGACGUCAUGGACACUGGAGCCACGCCGUCGCAGUCGGUACUAGACAAACCCCUCUCGCAACUAACUGAAGAAGACAUUUCUCAGCUCACCCGCGAAGAUUGCCGCAAAUUUCUUAAAGACAAAGGAAUGCGGAGACCCUCUUGGAACAAAUCGCAGGCGAUCCAGCAAGUUAUAUCCCUCAAAGCUCUUCUCGAAGCUAACGAAGAUUCCGGCGCCGGUGCCCUCUGCAGAAUUCUCGGUUCUCCCAUUCUAGACGCGCCGCCCGUGAGUGCCAGCGUUUUACAUCUUGAAACUCCACCUAUGGGUUAUCCGGUUAAGGAGCCGAGCAACGGUGGUUGUGCUGGUCACAUUUCAGCAGCAACGGUGGACGAGGUGAUUUCAUAUGGGCAGAAAGAAUCUCCAAAAUCCACCACUCCCUCGGAGGAAUUGGGUUGCCCACGGACAGCUAGCGAUGUUAAUGUUAUCAGUCCCAGGAGUCCAAGUGUGACAAAUGGUUUAGUUGGGCAGAUGACAAUUUUCUACUCUGGCAAGGUUAAUGUGUAUGAUGGAGUUCCGCCAGAUAAGGCGCGGGCGGUAAUGCAUUUUGCAGCUAGUCCUAUACCUUUGGACAAUACACUGUGUAGAACUUCAGCACUGUGGUCCUUUCCAUCUCAUUCACAUACUGCAAGUGAAAAACAUGGUCCUGUUCCUACUGGUGGAACAACUCUCAAUACUAUACAAACAGAAGGGCAGGGGAGCAGGGAAGUGUCAUUGCAAAGGUUUCUCAAAAAGCGGAAAGACAGGGGAAGAUUUAAGGGCAGGAAUAAUACAGGGCUCACGUCUUCUGGCUUGGAGGUGUAUCUGAACCAUCAGGUUGAGAAACAUAGCCCAAAUGGACACACAAGCCGAAGCAGCACAAGCUCUCCCCCCCAGCCUGGACGGCCAUCUGCGUUCUCAGGAGACAACCAAGCGAAGGCUAGUUAUUCUGUUGAUCUCAAUGACGGUAGGCUAUGUUCAAGGACGCCGAAUUUGUAUAUGACCCACUGCUCAUUUGCUGCUGGAGAAUAAGGAGAGAUCGAUGUCUUGUAGACAAUUGGCACAGCGGAGCGGGGAAGUGAAAGGAGACACCAAUCUAACACGCUUCAAUUACUGCUUGUCCUUUUAAAUGAGUUAGCUUAGCUGCUUCCUAGCAAUAAAGUUUUUUUUUCUACCUGUCUGGAGCCCUUCUUAGAGAACCUUUCUUAGCACUCGAGCUUUAUCCAUUUUGCCAGACUUGGAAGCCUUUAUAACACAUCUUUGCUUUGAGCUAGCCGGAUAUAGAGCAGGAAGCUGUCUGUGCUUUAUGUUAUGUUGUAAACGUUUGCUACAUUUUAGGGAUAAUUGAAUUUCCACUUCUCAUAAUAAAGUGCUGUGUUUUGUAGUCGGUUCA